GGACCCCSCGGUAGGACAAGUUAGAGGAACGGACAAAGUAGAGGAAGUGCGGCCGGAAGGUUUCUGAGAGAGCGCCGGAAGUACACUGCAGGGUCCGACUCAAACUGGUGUCCUCCUUGUAGUUGGACUAGCGGAAAUUGGGAACGCCACGAUCCGGAGUCCAGAACUGCUGUUCCGUGGUGAUCACCGGCAAGUCCCAUUUUUGUGCCUUCGUUGGCUCGGCUUUGAAAUUUCGAGUCGUGAACUAUCCGCUCUCAGCGUCCAGCUGGAAAACAGGGUUGCUUGUGCAGCGCCUGUGGAACCCAAGGGCCAACGACCUGGCUUCUGAAACUGUCAUCAAAAUAACUUCAGAGGAGGAGCUUACGGUAUUCUUGUUCCUAACCACCCUGGGACAGGACCCAGCAUGUCACAGGCCACCAAGAGGAAGCAUGUGGUGAAGGAGGUGCUGGGGGAGCACAUGGUGCCCUCUGACCAGCAACAGAUCGUGMGGGURCUCAGGACACCAGGGAAUAAUCUGCAUGAGGUGGAGACAGCCCAAGGGCAGCGCUUCCUGGUGAGCAUGCCGUCCAAAUACCGCAAGAACAUCUGGAUUAAGAGAGGGGACUUUCUCAUCGUUGACCCCAUUGAAGAGGGAGAAAAGGUGAAGGCUGAGAUCUCCUUUGUUCUCUGCAAGGACCAUGUGCGCUCUCUGCAGAAGGAGGGCCUCUGGCCUGAGGCCUUCUCUGAAGUGGCUGAGAAACACAACAGGAACAGACAGACUCAGCCAGAACUCCCAGCUGAGCCACAGUCAUCAGGAGAAGAGUCUGCCUCUGAAGAUGAUUCUGACCUCUUUGUUAACACCAAUCGCAGACAGUAUCAUGAGAGUGAGGAGGAGAGUGAAGAGGAAGAGGUGGCCUGAGACUCUGGGAUSCACUUUUCCACUUGCUCAGGGACUACUCCCAGGCUCCUCUGGGCUUGGACAUUCCCAGGGUGCCCUGCAGAUCUUUACCCCUGGAUGGGGACAAGGCAGGACCCUCUUGAACUGACCUUUUGUCCUAGGAGAAUUAAACCCCUGGUGGGUGGUGACUUGUA